AUGUCCUUUCGCAAGCGCAAUAUCGGUCUUGGAACCGAUCGCUCUGCAGUUCCCAAUGCCACACAGACAGCCCCGCCAGAAGUGACGCCUGGCAUUCGCCCCUCCCCCGAUGAUGGACGACCAACUACUUCGACCGGAGCACCGUCUUUAGACAACCUCCUCGCGGGUCAUGCAGGUCUCCCAAUGGGAAAGAGUCUACUUAUUGAGGAGAAUGGAACUACGGAUUUUGCAGGUGCAUUGCUACGGUAUUAUGCCGCGGAGGGAAUUGUUCAAGAACAAAAGGUCCAUGUGGUCGCAAUGCCUGAACAAUGGGGACGCAGUCUGCCCGGUCUUAUUGGUACCGCAGAGUCUCUGGAUGAGAAGAGAUCUGACAGGCGUAAGGAUGAGCGCAUGAAAAUUGCCUGGCGAUAUGAGCGACUAGGCGAGUUUGGUGCAGGUGUUGCAGGCGCACGAGCUGCUGCUCCUUCACCGUCCAAUGCUGGAGAAAAAGACCCCAACGCGAAGCAACCACCUGCCUUUUGUCACGCUUUCGAUCUCACCAAGCGGCUCGCCCACCCCUCCAUCACCAAUAUGACAUUCAUUCCCUUCAUGCCCGCCAAAGACUCGCCCUUUCCAGCGAUCCUCAACCGACUCGAGACGGCCAUUGCCUCGAGUGCCGCAAACACAAUUCAUCGCAUUGUGAUCCCCUCCUUGCUCAACCCGACCUUGUACCCGCCCGAGUCUUGCCGCCCCGAAUAUGUCCUGCAGUUCUUGCACUCGCUCAAAGCACUCCUCAAUGCAUACCCCGCACGUGUGACAGCAAUGAUAACAUUCCCAUUGUGUCUGUAUCCUCGUUCAUCCGGUUUGGUCCGCUGGAUCGAGCUUCUCAACGACGGUGUCAUCGAAUUAUGUCCGUUCCCUCAUUCCGCGGAUAAUUUGACGACUUCGGGUGCCGCAACCUCACAGGAAGAACCGCCGCAAGGCAUGCUCAAGACCCAUCGACUCCCAAUUCUACACGAACGUGGUGGUGGAAGCGAUCAGAAUGUCGGAGAAGAUUGGGCAUUUACUCUGAGUCGGCGGAGGUUUGAGAUUAAGCCAUUUAGUCUGCCCCCAGCCGAAGGAGACACCGAGGCGCAAGACACGGCUGCAUCUAGCGGUAUGCCCAAGAAAUCGGAUCUCGAGUUCUGA